GCCGUCACCUCCCUCGCUCCCGCCCGGUGGCGGCGGCCCCGGGCGCGGCUGUGGCUCCCCCUCGGCGCUGCUCCUGCCGCCGCCGCGCGCCCGCACCGGCCCCGCCAACCCCCCCCCCCCUCACCGCCAUUCCGCCCCAAAACUUUCCGUUUCCCCCUUCCCACUCUCCGGGACUUCCUUGUGCCGCCUGUGCGCGGAGGGGAGGGGGGGGAGGAGGCGUGUGCGGCGGCGGCGGUGGCGAGGGGGGAUUCGCAGCCUCCUGGCAGGCUGGCCGGGACCCCGGGGGAAGAGGAGUUGCACCAUGCGCGGCAAGUGAGGAAAAGUCUCCGCCAGCAGCAGCGCCGCCGCCCCCCGCAGAAGUUGGGGCUCUCCCCACCCGCGGGAGCGGGAGCUGUGCCUUUAACGCCCGCUGCGCUGCGAGGUACCUAAGGAUAAAACUGGCCUGAAGGGAAAAUCUGGGGGAAACUGGGGAGCCUGACUGUUCUUACACCUGACCCUCUCAGCUGUCAGAUGUGGUGAUCUCCAUGGUAACUCAAACCCCCAGACUCUUGACAGCAGCCUGCGAGGAGCAACAUUCAGCAGCUCAAGGGUCUCACGACCAGAGCGUGGAUCACACUUCUCGUAGACCUCAUCAUAUUGAGGUUGGGCUAAGAUGAGCAUAACCAGUGACGAAGUGAAUUUCUUGGUGUAUCGCUAUCUCCAGGAAUCGGGUUUCUCCCACUCGGCCUUUACCUUCGGUAUCGAGAGCCACAUCAGCCAGUCCAACAUCAACGGAACACUAGUGCCACCUGCCGCACUCAUCUCCAUCCUCCAGAAGGGGCUCCAGUAUGUGGAGGCUGAGAUCAGCAUCAACGAAGAUGGUACAGUAUUUGACGGCAGGCCAAUAGAAUCACUGUCUCUGAUAGACGCGGUGAUGCCUGAUGUUGUUCAGACCCGACAGCAAGCGUUCAGAGAGAAGCUCGCUCAGCAACAAGCCAGUGCAGCGGCAGCAGCGGCAGCAACGGCAGCGACAGCAGGAGCAACGACGACCGCUGUUUCCCAGCAGAACACACCAAAGAACGGAGAAGCCACUGUGAAUGGAGAGGAGAAUGGGGCACAUGCAAUAAAUAAUCAUUCAAAGCCAAUGGAAAUUGAUGGGGAUGUUGAAAUUCCUCCUAACAAAGCAACAGUCCUUCGGGGCCAUGAAUCAGAGGUGUUCAUCUGUGCCUGGAACCCUGUCAGUGACCUGUUAGCAUCUGGAUCCGGAGACUCAACGGCCAGAAUAUGGAAUCUCAAUGAAAACAGCAACAGCGGUUCCACUCAGCUAGUUCUGAGGCACUGCAUAAGAGAAGGAGGACACGAUGUCCCCAGCAAUAAGGAUGUGACUUCACUGGACUGGAAUAGUGAUGGAACACUAUUGGCUACAGGCUCGUAUGAUGGUUUUGCAAGAAUAUGGACAGAAGAUGGUAACCUUGCAAGCACCUUAGGUCAACAUAAAGGUCCGAUAUUUGCCCUGAAAUGGAACAAAAAGGGGAAUUAUAUUUUAAGUGCUGGUGUUGAUAAAACAACAAUAAUUUGGGAUGCUCACACAGGAGAAGCUAAACAGCAAUUUCCUUUCCAUUCAGCUCCUGCUCUGGAUGUAGACUGGCAGAACAACACUACUUUUGCCUCCUGCAGCACUGACAUGUGCAUUCAUGUAUGCAGACUUGGCUGUGAUCGUCCCGUUAAAACCUUUCAAGGACACACAAACGAAGUUAAUGCAAUCAAAUGGGACCCAUCUGGCAUGCUACUAGCAUCUUGCUCCGAUGAUAUGACAUUAAAGAUUUGGAGUAUGAAGCAAGAUACCUGUGUACAUGAUCUUCAGGCUCACAGCAAAGAGAUUUAUACUAUCAAAUGGAGCCCUACGGGACCAGGCACCAGCAACCCAAACUCCAACAUCAUGUUAGCAAGUGCUUCGUUUGAUUCCACUGUUCGGCUGUGGGACGUUGACCGAGGAGUCUGCAUCCAUACAUUAACAAAACAUCAAGAGCCCGUCUACAGUGUAGCUUUUAGUCCUGAUGGAAAAUAUCUAGCCAGUGGGUCCUUUGACAAAUGUGUCCAUAUAUGGAAUACUCAGAGUGGAACUCUAGUACAUAGCUACAGAGGCACCGGGGGCAUCUUUGAAGUCUGCUGGAAUGCUAGAGGAGACAAAGUGGGAGCAAGCGCAUCAGACGGAUCGGUUUGUGUUCUAGAUCUGCGGAAGUAGAAGUGAAAUGUUUUAGAAGAAAUUUCAAAUGGACCAGCAGUGAAUGUGUGGGGAGAAGCACUCUUCAAAACUAUUCUUAACAGCUCCAGAACUGUACGAACUUGAACAAAGUUAGAGUGUACCAUGAAACCAACUCUCCCUGGCCACAGGUGACUAGUAUUUUGUCCGUAACCUUCAUCAAGGAGUUAAAACGCAGUCACUUCAGAGGGGGAGGGAAUGGUUUCCACCUGGAACAUUCAGCCUUGGAAGCAUGAAGCCACCAGCUAGGCAUUGCACUGUUUGGUUUGCAUCUGAGAACUUGCUCUGAUGGCUGGGAAUAAAAAAAGCUGUGCCAAAAAAAAAUUAAUAAUUAAAAAAAAAAAAAAAAAGAAAAGAAAAAAAAAGAAAAAUGCUGUGAUAAACCAAAAGGGAAAAAAAAUCCUCCUCCAUGCGGUGUUGUAUUUUUUCCUUCCAAUUUGGACACUACAGUUGCUCUCCCAAAGGACGUUCAAAGACCAGUUUGUACUGAUGAAAUGCUCAACUUUGUAAUCACAACACUUUCUAUUUUCUAGACUACUUUUUUUGUUCCGUGGUUUUUCUAUCAGCUGGAAUAUUACAGCCUGGAGGAUCCCAGGCUUAGGAUGAAACUUUUGUUUUCCUUUUAUUUCUCCCUUCCACUCCCAACUUCUCCUUCCUUUUUUUUUCCUCCCCUUUCUUCUUGCUCUUUUUUUAUUUUUUUUUUUCUUUUUUCCCUGUAUGCCCAUAGUAGAUACAACCAGGUGGACAUGACAAUGAAAAUUUUUGACAGACUGCUUCUCCUCUCUUCUAUCUCUUCCUUUUCCUUUCUUUUUCUCCAUUUAAAAGAAAAAAAAAAAAUCCUCCAUGCUUCAGAUCUUAACGUCUCAAGGGCACUUUCAGCAAAUUGUGUAAUAAGUGCUUUAUAUAAGAAUGCAGUGCUGGGGAAGAUUUUUACAGGAGAAAGAUGACUUUUAACAGAAAGAACCCAGUGUAUUUUUGGAAAAAAAAUAUUUUUUAUGUUAAACUGUUUUAAAAGCCUAAAAUUACCACAAAAUGUAGACCAGUUGUGUAAUUCAAGGAAAAAGAAUGACACAGAGUCCAGGUAACAUGAAAGGUGCAGUAUCCUUUUUCUCCUCUUUCUCAGAAAGUGCUGUAAGAAAAAAUGUCAUUUGAUACAAUAGAUACCAGUCCUUUACUAAGGGCCCUCUUCCAGCAUCCAGCCAUUCAUAUAGUCUCAUUUCAUUUUUUAUGACUGUUUGAUGAGGUACACUUAUUCAAAGAGGUUCAUAAGUUUGAGACUAUAAAUACAACAUUCAUUUUCUUCUCUAGUCUAUAUUUUUGUUUGUUUUUGGUAGCCAGGAGAAAAUGCUUGUGUAUCUUCUUCCCUCUAGAGAUAGUUCAAAUUUCGACAGAACGUGGAUUUGGCUGCCUGUGGCCUUACUGAGCAGUGCUGUCUUCCACUAUUCAUUCCACUCAGCUGUUUCUAUUCCAGUAAGUCAGUGGGGUUUUACCACUGACUUGAUGAGACCAGGUGAACUGAAAUAUAUUGACUGCAUCUGUCACUGUUGAAGAAUGGGCUCUUGCCAGGCUCCUGUCCAUCCAUGGACCACAAACACCAGGAAGCAGGCUCUUCCAUUGCAUCUGGUGGUAUGUGGUGCUGCUGUCACCCUCAGCCGUGCACGUGCUGCAUCCUGCUAGGAAAGCUCUGGGUCUGCACUUGGAGGCUCACUGUCUACCCAGGCAGGUUUAGCCUUGAGUCCUCAGUGUGGUACUCAGAAGACAACUUUGAAUACUUCAUCAGGUGACAUCAUCAUAAAAGAUAUAUAAAUUGUAUCUCAACAUACAUACCACUAUAAAGUUAAGGUGGGUGAAAUGAUCAGAAUGACAAUGGAGAGUUCCAAAGCACCGCCUAUCCACUUUGGACUAGAUUUCUUUACUGUAACCAUGACACCUGCACAGAUGCCAACUGAAGACUACAUUACUCUAAGAGGAAAUGAUGGAUGCAAAGAAGGGCACAUAGGCAGAGUUUACUGAAAGUGCUGUAACUAUAAGGCAACCUUGGGGUGGUGGCAGAUGUUACUUAGAUCCUCAGAACUGGCUGAGUCAAACAGGUGUCCUCUCUAGCCCACAGACUAGGCUAGGAUCUGUAGGAGAGAGAUUAACAUAUGUAGUACCUUCUUGCCCAAAGUCGAUGUAACACGGCAUCUCCCCUUGGGUUUGAUCACAGCUGUUGAAGUGGUGAUUUCAUCUGAGCAAAUUCAGAGCCCUAGGGCUGAAGUGAUGGUGUAAGACCUGAUGAGCACCACAGCAUCAUCGUGGAAUCUGUACACCACUUUUUCUCCAGAGUUUUCUUCUCUUUAUGCUUGCAUCUGUACAGGAUCUUAGUCCUUCCAGUGGAACUAGUCACUGCCAGCUUCAGCAAUGUUUCUUAAAAAUACAUCUUCAGAAAGGAGAAAAGAACAGAAAGAAAUAACUGCUAAAAGUGUUUCUCAAUCCUGAGGCGAAAGCAGUUAUGUGGAAUUUUGGUUAUUAAUGUCAGUUAGGCUUGUUUGUAAUUUAUCUCAAAUAAUUGGAUGCUAGAAGGUAUCAAGGAUUAUUUUUGGUGUUAAAUGCAUUUAUGUGUUAGUUUUAAUUUUCUGCUCCAAGAGCAUGGGCUGUAGAUCAUCAUGUGGCAGUUUUGCACUGUUUUAUAAUAACCACAUGUACAUAUGAAUUUAAAAUCAUUACUCUUUUUUUAAAAAAGACUAGUUGCUCAAAGAGAGGCUUGAAUUUGAAUACAAGAGCAUAAUGUGGUUUUAUAAAGCACGGUUGGGUCAAUGAUUUAAUUACAGUCAUUGCAUGUACACGGUUAACUAACUUCCUAAGCUGCUUUUUGGUAGCAUUUUUGAGAAUAACAGGCAGAAAUUGCAGUUCUGUGGGCAGCAGAGCGGCGGAGGGCAGCACUGAUGGGGCUCUGGCCUUGCCUCUGUCCCCUGAGUGACACCAGAAUAGGCAAGACCUCAGGAUUUGAAGAGAUGAGCUUUCUCAAUCUGAGUUCAGCAACACUGUAUGACUGACUGGCUACAUAGCCUGUGUUUCCCAGGCUGUGCUUUUUCCCAGGAUAGCUACUGUAGAUAACAGUGCAGUGUCCAUGCCACCUCUUGCUUUUUUCUUUUUCUGUUUUUUUAAUUUGUCAGAACACCACUUUUCCUUUGCCUGCCUACAUGGAGGUAAGAAGCCAAGAGAAACAAAAUUUGAAUAUCAGUUGGUUUGCAAAGCCCACGUGUGAGAGAGGCUGCUGCUGUAAGUUUUCUAUACUGACCAUCAGAUGUAAAAGCAGCACAUUUGAGGAGCUGAAAAAAUACACCUUCCUUCCCCUCCCCAGACCCAAAAGAUUGGAAAAUCCUCAAAGGUUCUAUAGUAGAUCAUUGUCAGCUAUUAAGGGAGACAGAAGGUGUAGUUACAAAGGUUAAUCCUAGGCUAAGGAGAUGGUUUCUUUAGGACAUACGACUUGGGGAGAGAGAGGCUUUUCCACUGUAGUUCGUCUCAGCCUAGACCUGCAGAACUGUGCUCGUAGGAGCUCUCGCUUUUCUCGACCACAGCGGAGCAGCAGCAUUCUCCAGCCAGCAGAGCCUUCCUGCAGCUCCCCUAAAACAGAACUGCAUGAAGCAACAGGCUGGGGGAGUUCGUUUUUCUCAUAAAAUUUCUUUUUAUAAUUUUGUUUAUAGUUCUUUGUAACAGAAGAGAAAUGGAAAAACCUAAGUGGCCACACAGGAUUGUGAAACCAUCCAGAGACUUGCUGGAUUUUUAUCAUUGCUGGCUGUCUGGAACUGGCCUGGAAUUGAAAAAAACCCCAGUUUCUGAAAAACCACUCCACUCUGUGGGUUAGAAGGAUACUGAAUCUUUUAUGUAGAAAACACUGGGUCCCUUAUGGGGCAAUAAAGGGCCUGACUUACAGGGUUAUACACACAUUAACCCCAUGCUACAUCUUAGAAAUUUCCUUUUAAUUUGUUUUUUAAAAAAAAAUAGCUAAUUUUAGAGCCAAGUGAAGUGCACUUUGUCAAAUGUAAGGGUCUGCUUUGUUUUGGGGUUUCUUUUUCUUUUUCCCUUUUUAAUUUUUCCUCCGUUUUUUUCCUCUUACUGCCUUUUUAAAAUAUGUGGUUCUUUGUCAAUUGCAGAAAUGUUCUUUCAGCCACUCACUGAAAUUCUGAAUUCUGGCUUCUGCAGUUUUUAUUGUCUGUGUCAGACUUGCAGCCAGACUUGGUUCUCAUUUCAGCGUUUCCCAGGUUCUGUUGAAACAACAUCAACCCUUAUUUUGUUUUCCCCCACCCACACUUUCUUCAAAUUCACCUUGUGUAUUGUAGCUCAUUUGUUUUAAGGAGAGAAUCAACAGAUCAUAUUCAGUGUCUUGAAUAAAUUGCUAUAUUUUGAUAUUA